AGUGGCGAGUCCGGCGGGAUCCCCCCGCCCCCGUGGCCAGGACACCCCCCCCGAGGGGAGCCCGUGUCCGCCGAGGGGACCCCGGAGCCCGGGACACCCCUGGGGGGGACGCCAGCACCCGCCGGGGGGGGCUCCGGCCUCCGGGACACCCUCCCGAGGGGACCCCACGUCCGCCGAGGGGACCCCGGAGCCCGGAGACCCCCAAAAGGGGGGCCCCGGCCUCCGGGCUGGGCGUCGCUCUUGGGGGGGAGCGCCUUGAGAGGGGACAGACAGCUGGGACCCCCCCCCCGAGGGGACCCCGGCGGCCGGGACCCUUCCGGGGCUCCGGGAGCCCCCCCCCGAGGGCCCCCAGCGUCCGGGAUCCCUCCCCCGAGGGGUCCCCAGCGCCCGGGCCGGAGCCCUCGCCCGCCGCGGGGUCGGGCCGGGGGUCCCGGGGGUCCCGGGGCUGCGGGGGCACCAUGUGGCGCUGGGGGGGGCUCUGGGCGGCGCUGGCGGCGCUGGCGGCGCUGGGGGGGCGCGGGGGGGGCGCGGCCGUGGCCCGGGAGCGCUUCAAGGUGGUCUUCGCCCCCCUGAUCUGCCGGAGGACGUGUCUGAAGGGGCUGUGCCGGGACUCGUGCCAGCCCGGCUCCAACAUGACCCUGAUCGGCGAGAACGGGCACGCGGCCGACACCCUGACCGGCUCCGGCUUCCGAGUGGUGGUGUGCCCCCUGCCCUGCAUGAACGGCGGCCAGUGCAGCUCCCGCUCCCACUGCCUGUGUCCCCCCAACUUCACCGGCCGCUUCUGCCAGGUCCCCGCGGGGGGGGGGCGCGCAGGGGGACCCCCCCCUCCGCCCCCCCCGGCGCCCCCCGACGCCCCCCCCGACCCCGCCCCGGGCUCCAAGGUCGCCGUUUACGCCGUUCAGGUCAUCGCCGAUGGCCCCGGGGGGGCGGCGGCCCCCCCCGAGCCCCCCGCCGGGGCAGCCCAUGGUGGGGGGCACGGCGGGGGGCACGGGGGGGGACACGGGGGGGGACACGUCAGCCACGCCACCUUCGUCGUGCCCCUGGGGCCGGGGCACCACUCGGCUGAAGCGCAGGUGCCCCCGCCCCUGGUGAACGUGCGGGUCCAUCACCCCCCCGAGGCCUCGGUCCAGGUCCAUCGCAUCGAACCGCGCCCCCCCGAGGGGGGUCCCCGGGGCGGGGGGGGGCUCCUGGCGCACCCCGCGCAGCCCCCGGCGGGCAGCAAACCCCCCGCGCCCCCCCGGCCCCACACCCACAAACCGCUGGGCCGCUGCUUCCAGGAGACCCUGCCCAAGCACUCGUGCGGCAGUAACCCCCUCCCCGGGCUCACCAAGCUCGAGGAUUGCUGCGGCAGCAUCGGCAGCGCCUGGGGACAGAGCAAGUGCCACAAGUGUCCCCACCUGCAGGGGUCGGGGUCCCCGAAGGCGGCGCGGGGGGAGCGCGGGGGGGACUGUCCCCAGGGCUACAAACGGCUCAACAGCUCCCACUGCCAGGACAUUAACGAGUGUGCCCUGCCCGGCGUGUGCCAGCCCGGCGAGUGCCGCAACACCCAGGGCAGCUUCCGCUGCUCCUGCUCGGCCGGGCACGUCCUGGGACCCUCCCGGAGCCAGUGCCUGCCGGAGCCGGGUGAGGAGCGGGGGCUGUGCUUCCGGCUGGUGUCGGGGUCGCAGCAGUGCCAGCACCCCCUGCCCACCCGCCUGACCCGCCGGACCUGCUGCUGCAGCGUGGGCAAGGCCUGGGGGGGGCGCUGCCAGCGCUGCCCCCCCGACGGCACCGCCGCGUUCAAGGCCAUUUGUCCGGCGGGGAAGGGCUACCACGUGCUCACGUCCCACCAGACCCUGACCAUCCAGGGCGAGAGCGACUUCACGCUGCACAUCCACCCCGACGGGACCCCCGAGCGGCCCCCCCGGCCCCCCCCGCCCGCCCCCAGCCCCGUGCCGCCCGACGCCCCCCCGCCGCCAGCUGUGACCCCCCCGGCCAUGCUCCCGGUGUUCUGGAGCCCCUCGGAGGAGCAGGGUCUGGAGCAGCCCCCGGGGAGCAGCGACCCCCCCCGGUACCCCGCGCUGGUGGCCCGGCCCACGCCGGCCCCGCUCUGGCGGCUGCCCCCGGAGCAGCUGACGCGCAGCGCCGCCGAGAUCGCGCCCACCCAGGUCACCGAGACGGACGAGUGCAAACUGAACCGGAACAUCUGCGGCCCCGGCGAGUGCGUGAUGGGCCCGGGCGGGUACAGCUGCCUCUGCUUCCCGGGGUACCGCUGGCACCCCCAGCGCCGCUACUGCACCGACGUGAACGAGUGCGAGGCGGAGCCGUGCGGGGCGGGGCGCGGGGUCUGCAUGAACACGGGUGGCUCCUACACGUGUCACUGUCACCGCGGCUUCCAGCUGCGCCUGCACAAGGGGCUGCGCACCUGCGCAGACAUCGACGAGUGUGCCAAGGGUGACGUGUGCGGGGACGGUGGCACCUGCUCCAACGUGCCGGGCCACUACAAGUGCGAGUGCCACCCGGGCUACCGGCGCAAGGGCUCGCGGCCACCGCUCUGCGAAGACAUCAACGAGUGCCUGGAUGUGGGGACGUGCCCCGACUCCAAGUGUGAGAACCAGCCCGGGGGCUUCGUGUGCACCCCCUGCCCCCCCGGCUUCCGCGGCCUCAACGGCGCCUGCCUCGACGUGAACGAGUGCGAGGCCGGGGGUCUCUGCCCCGGGGGGAGCUGCGUCAACACCCCCGGAUCCUACAAGUGCCAGUGCCCCCCCGGGCUGCAGCCGGCGCGGGACCCCCCCCGCUGCCAAGACAUCGACGAGUGCGAGUUCGCGGCCGCCUGUGGGGGGGACUGCGUGAACACGGCGGGGUCCUACCGGUGCCUGUGCCCCCCCGGGUACGCGCUGCUGCACGGCCGGCGCUGCCAGGACAUCGACGAGUGCGCGCUGGACCCGGGGCUGUGCCCCCCCCCCGGCACCUGCACCAACCUCGAGGGCUCCUUCAGCUGCCGCUGCCCCCCCGGCCUCGCCCCCAGCCCCGACGGGCGCCGCUGCCUCCCGCGGGAGCCCCCCGCCCCACGCAAGGAGUGUUACCUGAGCCUGGAGCUGCCCGUGUUCUGCGACGCCGUUUUGGGGACCAACGUGACGCGGGGGGAGUGCUGCUGCUCCGUGGGGGCGGGCUGGGGGGACCUGUGCGAGGUGUACCCCUGCCCCCUCCCCUCCUCGGCCGAGUUCGUGGCGCUCUGUCCCGACGGGAGGGGCUUCAUCCAGGACGACAACGGCCUCGACUACGGGGUCCCCGCACACCGCGACAUCGAUGAGUGCGGGCUCUUCGGGGACGAGAUCUGCAAGGGGGGCAAGUGCGUGAACACCCAGCCGGGCUACGAGUGCUACUGCAAGGCGGGCUUCGACUACGACAGCGCCCUGCGGCAGUGCCUGGACGUGGACGAGUGUCUGGACGAGUCCAACUGCGUGGACGGGGCGUGCGAGAACACGCGCGGCUCCUUCCGCUGCACCUGCGGGCCGGGGGCGCGCUACCACCCGGGGCUGCGGCGCUGCCUGCCCGCCCCCGAGCACGAGCGCCCCCCCCCGCCGGAGCGGCCCCCCCCGGAGCGGCGGGACGUGUGCUGGCAGCGGCGGGGGGACGAGGGGGUCUGCGGGGCGCCCCUCGGGGGGGGGCCCCUGACGCUGGACGAGUGCUGCUGCCGGGGGGGGGCCGGAUGGGGCCCCCACUGCCGGCCCUGCCCCCCCCGGCCCCCAGGCGUGCCGUGCCCCCCCGUGCAGAGCGAGAGCAAUUCCUUCUGGGACGUCAGCCCCCUCGGCCUGGGGGGGCCCCGCAGAGGUGACGACAGCUCCGAGGAAGACUCUGCCGAGUGUCCCUGUCCCGGGGGGGUCCCCGGCCGCUGCCUCCGCUCCCCCCGGGGGGGCUGCGAGUGCCCCCCCGGCUUCCAACCGGACCCCACCCGCACCCGCUGCCUCGAUAUCGACGAGUGCCGGGACCCCCGGGGGGGUCCCCGCUGCCCCCGCGAGCGCUGCAUCAACACCAGCGGCUCCUUCCGCUGCGCCUGCAAGGCCGGCACCAGCCGGGCUCGCCCGGGGGGGCUCUGCCUGCCCCAGCGCCGCUGAGCCCCCCCGGGACCCCCCCGAGACCCCUGGGGCCCACCGGGAUCCCCCGGGACCCCCCAGGACCACCCGGAAUCCACCAGGACCACCCGGAACCCUCUGGGCCCGGCCCGAGCGCCGCUGAACCCCCCCCAGGACCACCCGGAACCCCCCGGGACCACCCGGGACCACCCGGGCCCGGCUCCAGAGCAGCUGAAACCCCCCGGACCCCCCCCCCCGGAUCCUCCGGGACCCCCCAGAGCCCCCCGGGAUCCUCCGAGACCCUCUGGGACCCUCCGGCCCGGGCCCCAGUGCCGCUGAAACCCCCCCGGGACCCCCCCCGGACCCCAAUAAAGGACGUGGGGGAACGGC